GGAUCCGGUGGGCGUUUGUGCUGCUGGCGGGGGGAAAUCAGCAGCAAGAUCUUAAACUGCAUGAACUCCAGAUGUUCGGAGGAUCGAACAAUAGUGAAAACCUCUGGAUUAUAUACUAUUUGCUCAAGUGCACUGCAAAUCAAGACACGAGGACUUCUGAAUUAGAUCUUGGACCAGACUUCAUCGGCCGCUGAUUGAAUAAAUGACAUCCAACAUCAUCCUCCCCACUGAUUCAAAAUUGACAUAUUCAUUCUACUUUUCUGCACUGUGAUUGGCUUAUCCCUUUCCCUUCCUCCUUUCUCAUUGGCUAUCUGGGAUUACGUCAUCUGUUUGUGCCGGUCACAGUAAAGCGGCGAAAACAUGGAGCCCAUUUAUGCCACGGGAAUGGCCGCAAAGCUGCGGAGUCAGUGGGAUCGGGAUGCGGGUUUGGGUCAGAACCACAAUGCUGUCAAGUUGCUGGGACAGGAUUACGACUCGCUGAGGGCCCAAUGCCUACAGACUAGGUGCCUGUUUGAGGACCACUUGUUCCCAGCCACCGCUUCUUCUCUGGGGUUCAAUGAGUUGGGCCCACGAUCCUCCAAGACACACGGUGUGCGGUGGAUGAGACCAACGGAGAUGUGUAAGCGUCCCCAGUUCAUCACGGAUGGAGCGACUCGUACUGACAUCUGUCAGGGAGCUCUGGGUGACUGUUGGUUGUUGGCGGCCAUUGCAUCUUUGACUCUAAACGAUGACCUCCUGCACCGCGUGGUGCCGCACGGCCAGAGCUUUGACAGCUGCUACGCUGGAAUAUUUCACUUUCAGUUCUGGCAGUUCGGCGAGUGGGUGGAUGUAGUGAUUGACGACCGGUUGCCCGUGAAGGACGGGAAGCUGUUGUUCGUUCACUCGGCGGAGGGUGAAGAGUUCUGGAGCGCUCUGCUGGAGAAGGCCUACGCCAAGCUGAAUGGCUGUUAUGAGGCUCUGUCGGGCGGCAGCACGUCUGAGGGCUUUGAGGACUUCACGGGUGGAGUCAUAGAGACGUACGAGUUAAAGAAAGCACCCGCUGACCUCUACAGCAUUAUCGCCCGUGCCAUCGAGAGAGGAUCACUGCUGGGCUGCUCUAUAGAUAUCACCAGUAAGUUUGACAUGGAGGCGGUGACCUUCAAGAAGCUGGUCAAAGGUCAUGCAUACUCAGUGACUGGAGUGGAAGAGGUGGUGUACAGGGGAAACAUGACUAAACUGGUGCGCAUCAGGAACCCGUGGGGUGAAGUGGAGUGGACGGGAGCCUGGAGUGACGACUCCCGGGAAUGGGACAAUGUAGACCGCUCCGUCCGGGGCAAAUUACAGAACCGCAGCGAGGAUGGAGAGUUCUGGAUGUCGUUCAGUGAUUUUCUGCGUGAGUUCAGUCGGCUGGAGAUCUGUAACCUGACGCCAGACGCUCUCCAGGCAAGUCAUUUGAAGAAGUGGAGCACAUCUGUCUAUCAGGGCGAGUGGAGGAGAGGAAGCACAGCCGGCGGCUGCAGAAACUACCCAGCCACAUUCUGGAUCAACCCUCAGUUCAAGGUGGCCCUAAAACACCCGGAUUCUCCCGGCCAAUCGGAUUGCAGCUUCCUGGUGGCACUGAUGCAGAAGGACCGCAGGAAGAAGCGGAGAGAAGGACAGGACAUGGAGACCAUCGGAUUCGCCAUUUAUGAGGUGCCAAGAGAGUUUGUGGGGAAUUCAGGUGUUCAUCUGAAGCGGGAUUUCUUCCUCACUCACGCGUCCAGUGCUCGCUCAGAGCUCUUCAUUAACCUGCGGGAGGUGAGCUCACGCUUCCGGCUGCCCGCCGGCGAGUACAUCAUCGUACCCUCCACAUUCGAGCCGCAGAAAGAGGCCGACUUUGUGCUCAGAGUUUUCUCUGAAAAACCCGCCAACUCAGAAGAAAUGGACGAUAAAGUCACAGCUGAUAUUCCUGAGGAGAAACGUCUGGAUGAGAGUCAGAUCGACGCCGGGUUUAAGAGUCUCUUCAGGCAACUGGCUGGACCGGACAUGGAGAUCAGCACAACAGAGCUGCAGACCAUCCUGAACAGAAUCAUCUCCAAACAUAAAGAUUUAAAGACAGACGGGUUUGGUAAAGAGUCGUGCCGCAGUAUGAUUAACCUCAUGGACACGGAUGGGAGCGGGAAGCUUGGACUCACAGAAUUUCAUGUCUUAUGGGAAAAGAUUAAACGCUACCUGCAAAUCUUUAGAGACCAUGAUGUAGAUAAAUCGGGUACUAUGAGCUCUUAUGAAAUGAGGAAAGCUCUGGACGCUGCAGGGUUUAAGUUGAACAAUCAUUUAUUCCAGCUGAUCAUCCUUCGAUACACAGAGCAAGAUCUGUCUGUGGAUUUUGACAACUUUGUCACCUGUUUAGUUCGACUGGAGACCAUGUUCAAGACCUUUAAGACGCUGGACACAGAUGCUGAUGGAUUCAUAUCGCUCACGUUCUUUCAGUGGAUUUCUCUGACCAUGUUUGCCUGAAAUAGACACAGAUUUUCGCCAUUUGUCUGCACUGAGACUGUCUUCUCUUCUGUAGCCCUGCCAUCUGAAGAGUGCCUUCAUUUUUACACUUCUGUAAUGCAUUUCUAAGCGGAAAAACAGCCUUAAUAAAGCAACCCUGUUUACAUAGUCUACAUGCAAAACAAAACUGUGCCAAAUGCAUUUCUAAAGCCAAGAGAAAAACAUUUACGGUAUGUUUUUAGCAUUUCUGGAUCAGUUUUGCAUGUAUUGCCCCAGAUAAAACACGUUUACACUUUCUGUGCCAAACGAAUCAUUGCCAAUUUCAAAACUGCCAUUUUUAAUCAAUAGUUCAUGUUCAUCAGCUGCAUAUCUUUCAGUGAAUGUCAUAUCUGAAUGUUGUAUGUAUAAAGAACUCUGUAUUAGAAAUGCAUGUGCUGAUGCACUGAUGAUACUGUAGAUUGAAUCCAGCUUUACUUACUGAAUGUGCUUUGGUUUAGACUUCGUUUCAUGCAUGCAGCUGUUUUAUGGGACAAACUGUUUACUGUUUAUGUACUGAAACCAAAGGAUCUUUUAACAAUCUACUUUUUAAAAAUGUCAUAUACAUUCCUGUAGUUCUGUUUAUACGAGCAAUUCAAAACAUCCAUUCAAUACAAUCUAGACAGGAGCAAGAGAACUGGGAACAGGUUGAAUCUGGUUUACUUCAUACACAGAGCCAACAAGAUGGCGCUUUUCUUUAAAAAAAAAAAACCAUGUAUUUGAAAAGGUGAAGGAUGUUUUUUUUUUUUUUUUCCAAUGCCAAGCAAAAGAUUUUACAGGACGUUUUUUCCUCCACUUUCGGUUCAUGUGGCUUUUCAAUAAACUUUCUUUAAAAGUAAAA